UCACAUGGUAUCAGAGCCCCAAAAAGAUCUUAAUAGGACCUGUGAGUGAAAAAAAAAAAAACCACCAGCAAGGCUUUCUCAAAAAACUCUCAUGGCUUCCAGCAAUACGUCUACUCUUUCAACCCCAGUUUUCAAUGGUGAAAACUAUCAAGUUUGGGCUGUUAAGAUGAAAGCUUACUUGAGAGGUCUUGGUUUGUGGCAGUGGGUUGAAACUGAAAGGCAAGUACAACCUUUGGGAAACAAUCCAACCCUCAAUCAAAUCAGGGCUCAUGAAGAAGAAGAAGCUAAAGCUCCAAGAGCUUUAUCUUACAUCCAUGCUGCUGUCUCAGAACCAAUUUUCACAAGGAUUAUGGCUUGCGAAACACCAAAAGAGGCGUGGGACAAGCUUAAGGAGAUGUAUUUGGGGAGUGACAGAACUAGGCAAAUGCAGAUUCUGAAUCUGAAGAGGCAAUUUGAAGUUUUGAGGAUGAAAGACAAUGAGUUCAUCAAAGAAUAUGUAGACAGGCUCAUGGAAGUUGUUAACAAAAUCUGGCUUCUUGGUGAGGAUCUAACAGACCAAAGGGUUGUAGAGAAAGUUCUAGUGAGCUUGCCUGAAAGAUUUGAGUCCAAGAUCUCUUCACUUGAAGACUCAAAGGAUUUAACCAAAAUUUCCUUGGCUGAGCUUGUUCAUGCUUUUCAAGCUCAAGAACAGAGGAGAUUAAUGAGACAGGAAGAAAGCAAUGAAGAAGCUUUUCUUGCACUGCAAAAAAGAAAAGCUUCUCAAGGCAGAGAGAAAAAGCAAUCUGGUGAGAAGAAAGAUAAAUAAAAGAAUGAGGGCCA